CGCCUACUCAAGCCAGCGACCGAGCCAUCCAUCCCCAACUCCCACCAAACCAAUCCGACCAACCCAAGAACCCCAGCACCCCGCAGCGCACCUCCCACCGAGAACCAUGGCGACCCCGUUCUGCGCCGCCGCGUUCCGCCUCACUUUUCCUCCUUCCGCACAGGUGCCGGGCUUUGGCCGCGGACGGGCCAGGCGCGGCGUGGUGGCGGUGCGCGCGGAGGCGGAGACCGCUGGAGGCAGCGGGAUAAACCCGGCCAUCAGGAAGGAGGAGGCCAAGGUGGUUGACACCGUCCUGGCCGGGGAGCUCUCCAAGCCGCUCACCCCGUACUGCCGGUGCUGGAGAUCAGGAACAUUUCCACUGUGCGACGGAAGCCAUGUGAAGCACAACAAAGCCACGGGCGAUAAUGUGGGCCCCUUGCUUGUUAAGAAGUAGAAUGCGUUAUGUUUCUUUGGUUCAUGUUGAGUGGAAUAUCUAUUUGUAUAUUGUAAUAAAGUUCCGUGUUGGAGCAAACCUUGUUGAUCGUUAUAGACCAAAACGAAGAGAUAACUUGCGCAAAAA